AUGACGGGUAGCGGUGGUCCCGCCGUUUCGCUACCGGCAACUCCGCGCCACCGCUCUGGAGCAGCCCUCAACGAGCUGAUUUGCUCGCUGGAAAGACAGUGGAACAUCGGUCUUAGGCUUCGUGGUAAUGGAUGGUCACCAAACAAAGCCAUCCCGAGCGAUGCGGCCGACAAGGUCAAUGCGCUUAUCCAAUUCCUCUUCUACAGCGCACCGACGGCGCUCGAAGAGGCGAUUGAACAAUUCAAGGGAGACGCCCCUAGUUUGACGCGUGAGGAGCGCUUGGAAAAGCUUCGUGAGAUUCUGUCCCGUGUUAAAAAGGGUGAAUUGGAGUCGAAGGGCAGGACGCCGAGGAAUGAGCCGCCUAAAGUGCGGGCGACACCCUUUAGUGGAUCACCCACAGACGUUGACACCGACGAUGAGACGGAUCAAAAAUACGAAACACCGCGAUCACCGUCCCGGUCGCCGUCACCAUCACCCUCUCCAUCCACUAGGUUAGGACAGACGCUCUUUCAGGCAAGUAACCAUGCCUCUUUACAUGUCUCUAAGAAACGGCCAUCUGAAAGCUCCAACCAUUCCGAGAACUCGCAGAAAUUGACCAAAACCUCGAAAGGGAAACAGGCUGUCAAAUCCUUCAACACUUCGCCGAUUCCACCACCGCAAUUUGACUUCAAGAAGCCAACACCCGACAUGGCUCGGUCUUUCCAAUCCGUAAAUUCCGUUUCAUCUUCGGUCAACACCUCCUUCAACAACACCACAUUCUCCUCCCAAGAGACAGCAAAUACAACAAACACUUCAUUCACCUCGUACGAUGGCGCCAUCGAGUUACAGGAGAAUAGGUUCUCUAGGCCCCAAUUGAAAAGGACGAGUUCGACUACAAUCGGUUCUCUGGAUGAUGUGGAGCUUGACCAGGCUAUGUUGUAUCCCGGGAGCGAAGUGCGUGAGAAAGAUAUACAGCAAGACCUGAACGAACACUUUACUCAAGGGAGUAGCGGUCAGAACAGAUCUACUUAUGGCUCUGUUGAUGAGACUGGUCUUCUUGAAGCAUCUUUCGAGGUUGAAGAGAAGGAGACCGACCCGCGAGUAAUCCCACAUGACAAGAUGGAAAGUUCCAGACCACCCGCCGUUGUUGACAAUCGCCAUGGGCAAUCCCGUGCAUCAUCGACGCCACGGUUUCGAUCUAACGGAGUUCCAAACGGUCAAGAGAAAUCGCCGGCUGCUGUGCAAUCUCCCUCGAAGAUACCACACGAGAUUCGCGAUCUACCUACCCAAAAUCUCUUCGUGGACGCGCUCCCACCAGGGCUAGAACAUAUCCCAUACCAUAUCUUGUUCAUCUGCGAACGUCUAGCGAUAGACCACUCAAUCUCAAUCUUGGACCUGGUAAGCGGUAUGGAUAUCGCUACUGUAUCUUCCGAUGCAGAGGCGUUUUGGUCUUUCAUUGACGAACAUCGGAAAAUACCGCGUAUGAAGCUGCGGGAGUCAAACCGUCUCUGGCAAGCUGCGAAACGCGACUUUGAUGGGUUCACUUUCAGAGGACACAUCAAUCUCAGCCCCAAACGCACUGGCCCGAUUCUAAACCUUACAUUGUUACCGGUACAAUCGGAUCGAUCAUGCCGACUAGAGCGAAUGUUUGGCUCCGACCGAUUUCUCUACUUAUACACGCCAGUCUUCGACUUCUCCGAAACAAAUCGUUUCACGGGUGAGCGGCUUCAACAAAUUUGCAAUCAAUUUCAAGCGUGGCUACUCACAGAACACCACUUCUUGAACCGCAAGUGGAGAGUCUUCCAUGUUGAAGAUGUGAAGAAGCCCAAGACCGCUCGACCCAAGGACAUGGUCUAUGACAAAAGAAUCGUGCUGUUCGCCACCGAAGGAUGUGGAAUUGAGCAACCCUAUUCAGUGGGCCAAAUGCUCGAUCGAUUCCUACCAUUCCACAUCAACAGACACCAAAGCUUUUGCAAAGCCUUCGCUCGUAUUGAACUGGGGCUUUCUCGAACCACCCCUACGUUGUGCUUUGAGACGUCACAAAUCAUCCACGUGGAUGACGACUUGGCCACAAACGAUCCGGAGGACACUAUGUACAAUGACUCGGACUUAGAGUGGCAGGCGAUUCCGGAUGGCUCGGUCAUGAACGAUGGAUGCUCAGUUAUCUCCGUUGGCGCUGCAUUAGCCAUAUGGCAGCUAUACAAGAAAACAACCGGGAUGAAGGGACCUUUGCCCAGUACAUUCCAGGGACGCAUUGGCGGAGCCAAGGGACUUUGGAUGAUUAGCGCGGAAUCCUACACCAAAGAUCCGGAGCAUCUCAAGCACUGGAUCAAGAUCAACAGGAGUCAGUGGAAGUUUCAUCCACCCGCCGACGAUUUAAUGCAUCAUCAUCGAACGUUUGAGGUCUCCAACUUCAGUUCUCCGCCUUCACAGUCGGAAUUGCAUAUAUUGUAUAUACCCAUUCUGGCCGAUCGAGGCGUGAAGAAAGAAGUUAUUGCUAGUCUCAUGGAAGAGCGACUCGAAAGCGAACGCGAGAAGCUGCUACAUUUACUACCAGAUCCAGUCAAGGUCUACGAAUGGGUUCAUCAGAACGGUACGAAGACUCAGGCUGAACCUGACUGGCAAGCUGCACUGCCGGUAUCCUUAGAGGAAAAGUUGAAGUUCUUGCUCGAGGCGGGCUUCGUACCUACCAAGUUUCCCUACCUUGCCAGAAGUCUCGAACGCUUUAUCCAGACAAAGCAUGUCUUCCAAGAAUCCAAGCUACGUGUGCCUCUCGCAAAGUCCGCGUACUUUUAUGGAAUAGCAGAUCCUUUUGGAGUCUUAGAACCAGGAGAGAUUCAAGUACAGUUCUCUUCCUCAUUUGUCGACGAGGAUACCGAUGAAAAGUACCUCUGCCUUAGGGACAUGGAAGCUCUCGUCACUCGUCAGCCUGCCUGUCGCCGCUCGGAUAUCCAAAAAGUCCGCACGGUCAUACGACCUGAACUGUCGCAUCUGGUCGACGUAGUGGUCUUUCCUUGCAAAGGCCGGUUCCCACUAGCUGGGAAGCUACAAGGCGGCGAUUACGAUGGUGAUAUGUUUUGGAUUUGUUGGGAACCUAAACUUGUGCGCCCUUUUCUGAACGCUCCAGCGCCAAUGACUACACCCAAGCCUGCGAAAUACGGCAUAGAGACACGGACUGAGAAGCUCGAAGAUAUCAUGAACACCAGCGAACCUGAACAAGUGGACAACUUCCUCAGUAAAGCUUUCGAGUUUCGUAACAACUCAUCGCUGCUUGGUCUAGUCACCACUUUCGCAGAGAAACAAGCAUACACCGAAAACCGCAUUCAUUCUCAGAUACUUGAACGACUGUACGAUAUGCAUGACUUGCUAGUCGAUGCGUCUAAACAGGGCUACGUAUUUACGCAGACGAAGUUUGAUAAGUAUGUAGCCAACUUGAAACCAAGACAGCCGCGAUAUAAGGAAGAGAUGAAAAAGUGCGCCAGCAAGGGGGACUCAGCAGGUGUUGAGAAAAUCCGUAAAGCAGAUCGGCGAGUUCGAUCCAACCAUAUAGUCGAUUACCUCUACUUCGACAUCGUAAGAGCACACAACAUCGAGACAAUGAGUCGAGUCAGGUCCGUUCUCUCGGAAGCUAUUGAGCUAGACGACGCGCUUUUGUAUCCAAUCGAUCACCUCGCCAAGAAGGGAUCGGAGACUAUUAAGCAAGAAAUCCUCUCUCUGACAAGAAAGCUGGACGACGUCAAUUGUACUUGGAAUUCCGGCUGGCAUGGUGAUGUGAGCACGACGGAGCGGCUAAACGCUGUUGUAAACAACUGCUACCAGAAGUUCCAGGCUAUACAGCCCGAAUACCCGGACGACACUGAUAUCCGGCCUCUGCUUGAUGACUACCUUACGCCUGGUUCAUGCAUGUGGGACACCAUCAAAGCAUCUGCAUUAUAUGCACAAUUCAAGAGGCCGGAGAAAUCCAGUUUCGUUCUGAAAAUGGCAGGACGAGAGCUUGUGAGUCUCAAGGCCAACAGCUCUGAGAAAUCCAGAGCUAUAGUCUCGUCUAUACGCAUGAACAUGAAGCCAAAACCAAUCAAGGCACAGGUCCAGUACGAAGAGGAAGAGGAAGACGACUUUCAGACCGCGCUCGAGGAGCUCACCUUGUAG